AUGGCUUCUCAAAUACGGAAGAUUCUUCUUUUUCUGGACAAUGCGGCAUCGCACCCCAAAAACUUAAAAUUAAAAAAUAUCAAAAUAAUUUUUCUGCCACCAAAUACUACGUCGGUGUGCCAACCCCUAGACCAAGGGAUUAUUAAAAAUUUCAAAAUUUGGUAUAGAUCCAUGAUUGUGAAACAUGUUCUGGCUAGAAUGGAUGAAGCCACUUCUUUAGAAGAUCUGAUUAAAAAAAUCAACUUGUUGGAUGUAAUAUACUUUAUUCAAAAAGCAUGGGAGAAGGUGACUCCUGCGACAAUAACAAAUAGCUUUCAAAAAGCGGGAUUUAGAUUCAGGAAUGACACUUUUGAAAAAUCCAUAGAUGAUGCUUUUGAACACGACGAUGAUAUUCCCUUAGCAGUGAUUGCAGAAAUGACUCGAGUAAUGAAACGGAUCAGCAGCAAUGUUGGCUUUGAUGAUUUUGUUAAUUUUGAUAAUGAUUUAUGCAUUAACGAUGAAAGAUUGAAGAUAGACGAGCCAAGUGAUGUCGAGAUAGAAGAAAAUGAGGAAGAAGAAGGCGAGGCAACGACAGAAUACAUGGAAAAUGUCUCAUCUGGAUUCAUGAAAACGAAUAGGGAAGCUAUAGAAGAACUGAAUCGGUUACCGAACAAUUAUGCAGAAAUGUAUGCACAUACGGUUCAUGGACCGUCGUAA